GGAUAUAAACGCGCUCUUUGACUUUGACGUUUCCAAUUAAGAUAACCCCCAUAAAAAAGUGUACAUAUAAAUAAAUACAAAUAUAAAAAUUGAGUUUUUUUGUUAAAUGGAAAUGGGCAGAUCUAAAAACAAUUAUUCAACGCGUGGUAGAGAAAGGAGUUCACGCAAUUAUCGUGGUGGGCGAAGCAGAGGAUAUCGGCCUAGAGGAAGACCCGCGUUCCGAAGACAUCACAAUGAUAUCGGAAGACGUUUUCGUUGGGAACGAUCUCAAUCACCGGUUGAAGGAAGUGAGGAGUUUAUGGAUCGCAAAAUUCGAAAUACUAGUGCCAUAAUUAUGAGGCAUUUAUUUGAUGGAAAUGACAAUUGCCCCGUUAGUACAAAUAUAAUAGAUAGUACUGAAGACAGAACCCAAAUCGACACAGUUGACAAAAACAUCAAAAGCUCUGGAAGAGCAAAUAGUGCUAAACCGCCAACCAAAACCAAUAAGACCAGCAAUGCGAAUUUAACGGCUGAACAAAUUUAUGAAAAAAUAAUGAAUCAUAUCACGAAUCUUAAUGAUGGAAGAAAGAAAAACUUUAUAUAUACUAAUAGCAGUAGCGGCUUGAACCAGGCAGUCACAGAUAUUCAAAAACAAAACAGACUUGAAAUAUCCAGAAUCUUAAGGGAUAUGAGUUCAUUAACUGAUAGGAAGGAUCCUGAAUAUCACGAUACUUCCAUUGUUCCAGACAUUGGCAUUAAAAUCGAAGAAUUGCCUGAAAAUGUAAUUGAAGAACUGAAACGAUGUCUCAAUGUUGAUUUACUGAGUUUGAAUGAAGCAAUAGAAGAACCAACAGCAAGCAGCCCUAGUUGCCCGAUUAGACCUUUAUUAGAUGUAACAUCGAGCUCUAUUGACAAUGCACCGUUCAACGUUUCUGCGGAACCUAAUGCAGGUGUCGAUUCCAUCGAAAUUAAACGGGAAUGCUUGGAUGAGGCAGACGAUAAUAUUGUUUUAAAUCGUCAGUGUGAUGUUGAGACUCAUUGUCCCGACCAAAGUUUACAAAGUCAGACAGGUGAUCUGAUGAAUAACAGAUGUAGUUCAGAAAAUCGUAAUUUUGAACUAGACAUAAAGGUCGAGGAAGGAUAUGAUCUUGCGGAUUCUCCGUUGGACAUUAAAGAUGAGGCUCAAUUAAACGAUGAUUCUCCUAUGUGGAUGUCGAAUAGUUUGGACACCACCGUUGAGUUUGCAAACCAAGUAACCGAUGGGAUUGUGAACAAUCUGAAUAACCGCGAGGAAGAGGAGGCUGACAAUACCAAUUCACCUGCAGUUGUCUCUACAGGAAUAGUCAGUGAUAAUGGGGAAUCUGAUUAUAUACUGCAAAACCUUGAAAAUACGAUUUUCCAAAAUCUGGCAUCAGACAGAAAGAGCAAAUGUACAGAUAUUGAGAAAGUGAUAAUAAAAAUGGAAUUGAUUGAUGGCUGCAUGCAACAUCUAACUACAUACAGGAGGUAUCUGAUGCAAACAGUAUUAUCGCUGAGUAAGCGGAACUAUUCCACUCCACAUAAUCACUGCGAGGCAUCGCAAAUGCAUAACCUUAGCUCGCCUAGUACUACUCCUACUUCCACACCUCCAACUGCUACUAAAACAGCAAGCUUAAUUGACUCUGACCAACGAAUUAUAAAGAGGCGGAAAACAACAGUUGAUGAACAAAUUUGCGACAUUUCUUUGGACACGGAUAGUGAAGCUGAAGCGAAGUUAGAAAAGCAUACUGAGUCCCCUAUACACUUACGUUUGGAGCAUAAAAUAUUAUGCAUUGAGAAAGUGGACGAAAACUAUCUGUUGCUGGCUACAGAUGCAGGAAAUAUUGUUUACGUAACUUUGCACGAUAGUUGUUUGAAAUAUACAUUAGAUGUAACCCAGACGCCCAUAACCAGUAUGCAAUUCGUCAAGAGUUUAAACGACUUUAUUUACAUGUACGUGGGCUGUUUGGAUACAGUUCUACGGAUUUGCGAUUUCCGAGGACGGAAAAUACUACAAGGCAUCCCAAUUUGCGAUGAAAUUAUGUGCAUGGAUUACAUGUGGGACUAUCUGUUUAUGGGCUGUAGGAACGGUUCUUUGAUUCGAUUCUCAUCUAAAAAAUUUAGAGUCGAGUUUGAAGAGAAAAACACGGGUAGUGAUAUUUUGGUGGUGAAAGCUGCCCAAGAAGGACCUCGCCGCAUUUUACUAGUUGGACAUCGAAAUGCCCCGAUUUAUGUGCGAGAUGCCAUGUCCGGAUUGUGUCUCAGGAAUUUCAGCAACGAAGCGAUCGUUCCAACCGUUUAUUCCAUAAUAAUAAAAGGAAGUAGUCUAUAUUGUGGUACUGCCAAAGACAAUAUCCUAGUUUUUUCGUUCCACGAAGGUAAAUUGAUCAAUAGCAUUAUUGCGGACAGAGCGAAAGGGAUAAGCUGCAUGAAAAUUAAGUACAACCGUCUUUAUGUGGGCUGUUAUAACGGAUCAAUUUACAUCUACGAUUUGGAUGGCAUUAAGCUCAUUACGAAACUAUACGGUCCUGGGGGAAGCAUUCAAUGUAUGGCGGUUUUAGACACACAGAUAGUUGUUGGCACGCUUUCCGGAAAAUUUGCCUCACUGAGUUGGCACAGCAAGACACCUUAGUUAUUUCCAACAGACGUUUUCAAAUUUGCUUUUAAGGUAGGUUAUUUACUAAAUUUUAAGGAAAAUGAUUGCCAUUCUAAUAUUUUAUGUCUAUUAUUUGGUAUUUGUUUUGACUAAUUGUAUAGUAAGUUUGGUGAAUGUAAUGCUUAUUUCGGCAGUUGUCAACAACUAGAAGAAAAUUCAUUAAGGGAAACUAGAAUUAGUGAUCGAUUUUAUUACUUAUUAAGGUACAUUCCGAAGAAUAAUUCACGUUUGUAUUUAACUUUUUGAUUGGUUACUGUAGUAAUUAAGCUAUUGUUAGUAAUAAAAAAUAAAUGGCCAGUGUUUCCACUCACUAUAAUACACUCGUAA